AUGAAAAUCGGGAAAAUAAGGUUGUCCCGCUUGCACUACGGCAGAGGACAAUACGGCAGAGGACACUACGGCGGAGGACACUACGGCAGAGGAAACUAUGGCGGAGGACAAUACGGCGGAGGACAAUACGGCAGAGGACAAUAUGGCAGAGGACAAUACGGCGGAGGACACUACGGCAGAGGACACUACGGCAGAGGACAAUACGGCGGAGGACACUACGGCAGAGGACACUACGGCGGAGGACAAUACGGCGGAGGACAAUACGGCGGAGGACAAUACGGCAGAGGACACUACGGCGGAGGACAAUACGGCGGAGGACAAUACGGCAGAGGACAAUACGGCAGAGGACAAUACGGCGGAGGACAAUACGGCAGAGGACAAUACGGCAUUGGGCAGUAUGACGGAGAACACUACAGUAUGGUGGCACUUUCUCAAAAGGGGUAA